UCCUCUCUCCUCUGUCUUUCUCUUUAUUUCUUCUCCCUCCCCCCUCUCUUUCUUUCUUUCUCUCUCUCUCUCUCUUCACUCUUUCUUCUCUCCUUUUUCUCUUUUUUCUCUCUCUUCACUGAUGGCGAGCAUGGAGACCCUCCCUGAGGAUGCCCUGAUUGCGGUGCUGGUGCUGGUGCCGGCCCGGGACCUGGUGCUCCGCUGCCAGCUGGUCUGCUCCCUCUGGCACAGGCUGGUAGACUUGCCUUCGCUCUGGAGGCUCAAGUGCCAGGAUGAGGGCUAUUGGCCAGAGCCACAUCCCAGACUGGCAGGAUUUCUAUUUCCUCUGCAGCCUGAAGAGGAACCUGAUCAAAAACCCCUGUGCUGAAGGAGGCUUUGACGCCUGGGAGAAAGAAUCCAAGGGAGGCAACGGCUGGGAAAUCGAGCCGCUUCCGGGAAACCACGGGAGAAAUUUCCUUCUUCCCCACGUUCAGAAAUACUUUGUGACGUCCUACGAUUCAUGCAUGAAGAGGCAGCUGAUCACCUUACGGGAUCACGGCUACUGGGACCGGUUGAUGGACGAAGCCCGGCCUGAUAUCGUGGUGAGCGACUGGUGAAGCUGAGUGUUUCUCUGUUUGUAUCAGGAAAGUCCCUGGCAUUUCCAUCUUGUGAGAAUGCUUUGAAAUCUUCCAUUUGUUCCUGUUGUUGGUGUCAGAAACAGGAAGAGGAUUAAUAAAGCUCCAUGAAUUAUGGACCUCCUGCUUCUGCUUCUGAUGCUGCUCUUGUCCCAUCCAGUCUUUGGGAAGCUGAGAAUGAAAUGCCCGCUGAGUUUGGAGCACCAGGAUGGAAAACAACCAUGGAGCUAUUACAGCCCAGGAGACCAUCUCGUUGGUAUAGUUGUAACUGAAACAAUAAUAUGGCCUAUAAUGUUGCCUUUCCGCAGUGCUCCUCCUAGUCCGUCCCUGUAAGUCAUUCGGGGUGAUGGAGUUGCAUUCCCUCCAUUUGCACUCCCAACACUCUUUCUUUUCAUCUUAUUUCACUGACUUUUAUAGUACAGGACUUGCUAAUUUCCUGAAUGAUUUUUAUUUCCAUAACUGGCCUCUUUUUUCUUAUUUGUAGAAGACACUCAAAUUCAAAGAUUGGGUUAAAAAAUACUGAAGGCAAUCCAGAUUAUUUUCCUCUCCCCGUUCACUCCAUCACUUGAAUUCAUUUUGUUUAAAGUUAUGAUUGUAACAGUUGCAGUUGCCUCUGCCAAGCCCAUUCCCAGAUCUGUAUAACCAAUUAUUGGUGUUGGAUCAAUAUUGUUUUAAGACCCAGUAGGCUUGUGGAGACAGGAAUACAUUCUUUUUAAAAGCUUGUUGUUACUGUUGAUGAUAAUAACAUGAACAUUUUUUUUACAGUAAGGGUUCUUAUAGUUUUUCACACACCCUACGAUUAAUUUUCAACAUUCAACUGGUCAACAAGAAUCGCCAGCUGCUACACAACCUCACACUGGGCUACAACGUCUAUGACGACUCUAUGAGCCCUUUCCGCACUUCACAUGCCUUGCUGGACAUUCUCUCCCCUGGAGAAGCCAAUGUCCCCAACUACGGCUGUGGGAGGAAGGAGAACCUUCUGGCUCUUUUUGAUGGAGCUCAGAGGGAAAUCUCCAGCCAUAUGUCAACAUUAGCAGACACCUACAAAGUCCCCCAGGUUUGUGUGUGUGUUUUUCUCUAUCUGGUAAAGUGAGGGGUGGGUGUUGGUGCGUGAGCAACAAAUUCAGUCCUUGUCGUGUCCCACUCCUCCGCUGACGGCCGGGUCAGGGAAAUCCGAAUCAGGCGUGCCUCUGCAGCUCUGCCAAAGUCCUAGCAAAGUCCUCAGGGCAGGCAGGAGACCAGAAAGUGACUUCAGCAAGAUAUGUUUAGACUUUGCCUGACUCACAGAAUGCCAGAAAGCAGGUCCUUUAUAUAGGCCAUGGGGUGUGGCUCCAUGACUCAGCACUUAUCCAGGCCUGCCCCUCCCUUCCUUCUGUUGCCUCCGCCUAUCAAGUCUUCUGACGCGAGGGUCACUCCAGUCGGCAGCUGUUGGUAAUAGACCUU